AGUGGGUUCUACUUGAGGUUAAGACUUGUUCAAAGUCAGAAGUUCUGAUCAACAAGCAAACCACUUGUUUAUUUCUUCUCAGUCAGCAACCUAAUCAUCUAACCCAUAAAAAAAAACACAUCCACAGUUUCUGAAUUGACCUCUCUCUCCACCUUAUAUCUUCACCAACCUCUGUACAUAGAUAGGACAAUACACAACAGGACAGACAACAGAAAACUGUUAAGAAUCGUCAUGGGAAUCUUCGAGAGGAGUCUCAGCCGUCGGAUCGGCGGUCAUCGUGGAGUUCCCGCCGUUUUGUCACUCCUGCUGCUCCUCCAAUUCGUACCGUAUGGCUCCGGCCAACCGGGAAGUGCCGCUCCGAACAGCAACGGGACAAGAGUCAACGACCCGGUCGCUUUGCUGAUCAUGGUCAUGUUCUUCGUGCUCUUCAUCAUGGUCCUCGCCUCCAUCUUCUGCCGCCGUUACGGAGACACACACCGACCGACGACCUCCGCGACAGAAGCCGGAGUCGGAGGAGUGGUCAGGACGAGGAGAUCGGCGGCGCGUGGACUCGACGCGCAGACGAUCGAGUCGUUCCCUACGUUUCUCUACUCAGAAGUCAAAGGGCUUAGGAUCGGGAAAGGCGGAGUUGAAUGCGCGGUGUGUCUGAACGAGUUCGAGGACGACGAAACGCUGCGUUUAAUGCCUCCGUGUUGCCACGUGUUCCACGCUGAUUGCAUCGAUGUAUGGCUCUCUUCUCACUCCACGUGUCCGGUUUGCCGUGCAAAUCUGGAUCCCAAAGCGGGUGAGAGCUUCACGUAUUUGAUCCCCGAACCGGAUGCAGAUCCCGGUCCGGCCACAGAGACGAGGGUUACGGAGUCUCCCGACGUGCAAUUGAUCGAUCGAAUGACGUGGACCAAUGGGAAUACACCAACUCGAUCAAAGUCAACGGGAUUCGCCACGUGGGGCAUCACCGGGAUAUUGUUCCCGAGGUCUCACUCGACCGGGCAUUCGCUGGUUCAACCGGGCGAGAAUCUAGACCGGUUUACUCUCCGGUUACCGGAGGAGGUACAUAGACAAUUGUUGCAGAGGACUUCUACCCUUAGCCGGACGGUUAACGUGGCGUUACCACAAGCGAGGAGUUCGCGGCGCGGUUACAGGAGCGGUAGCGUUGGGACAGGUGGGAACGCGUUUUCGUACAACCGCAACCGCAAUGGCAAUCGCCGGGCGUUUUCAAUGUCUUUAUCAUUCUCUUUUCGAAGUGGUUCGGUCCGGUCGUACUUUGGCGGCGGAGAUGCGGUGGCUCCGCCGAUACCAAAAGAAACCGGUGAACGGCCGUUCGGAAGGCUCCGACCAGAUGAUCAAGUAUAGGCGAUUAACAUUUAUCAAAUCAUUUUUAUUAAAAGGUCAACGGUCGGAUUCUUUGCCAGCCUGUUUUGUUACAACUUGCAUGCAUGUUCAUUUUGCCUCGUUGACGAGUUCGAAGGAUUACAAAAUACAUUCCGGCGAACUUUUUGCCCGCGAUUUGCACUUCCGUCGAUAACACGUCUCGGUCAAUUGCAAAACAAAAAAAUAUGUAAUGAUGCAAGAUUGGUCAAUUUAUAUUUUCUUAUAAUUUAAUCAAUGUAAUCGCUUUCGUAGCUCAGUUGGUUAGAGCACCCGUUUAGUAAGCGGGAGGUCUUGAGUUCGACUCUCAACGAAAGCAUUUUAGAUUUUUUUUCACCCACAUCUUUUGUCCGGCUCUCACAAACUACCUCAAACUUCAAAUAUAUUUGAUUGAUGCCUCAAACUUUAGAAUGAAACACAAACAUCCCCUGCAUCCUGU